UAGAGAUCAAAUCCUAGUUUACCCUUUCCAUUGCCAUCGCCAUCGCCAGGGCUGUGCAUGAAAAGGUUUUCAAUCCCAAACAAAUCCAGCUCAAUCGGUUCAUUGAUUCCUUCAUUUACAUUUUCAGUAGUGUCGUCAAAAUUGACAAUGCCGAAAGCGAAGCAAAGAAAAGUAGAAGAGGAGGAAUCAACAAGAACAGGAACCCCCAAAAUAGACCUAAUCAGUAGCUUACCGGAUUCCCUGCUUUGCCACAUUCUCUCGUUCCUCCCAACAAGAUGUGGCAUGGCCACCAGCGUCCUCGCUCGCCGGUGGCGCCACCUCUGGAAGGAUCUUCUAGCGUUGGACUUAGACAAUAGUAAACAUAGUCCUUAUUAUCUGCCUGGAGGGACACAUCGAUUCAUUGCUUUCGUCAAUGCAGUUUUCGCUCAACGCAAGUCUCUCCGUGUCGAGAAGCUUCGCCUCGCUUGUGAUAUACCUAGAGGCGAAAAGAAAACCAUCAAAACAUGGAUUCGUACUGUUGUUGGACCCCACCUCCAAGAGCUGUAUCUCGAUUUAUCUUUUGCUUGCAAUGAGUUUGGAGAUCGACAUAUCAAAUUGCCUGAAGAGGUAUUAACCAGUGCAUCACUCGAGUCUCUUGUUUUGAAAGGCCACGUGUUUUUGACUGUUUAUGAUGGAUUUGUUGAUUUGCCAUCCCUCAAGAACCUAGAGUUGGAUCUCAAUUAUGUGGACCCAGACUUUGUUUUACUUGGUUGUCCGGUUCUUGAAAAUCUCAAGCUCACUUUACACGAAUCGUUCCCACUUAAUGCGAGCCAACCUCCUGAAAUCUACAUGCCUGAUUCCUUGAAGCGUUUAACCUUAAUACAGGAUGAUGACAUCGAAGAAGAUAUUAAUGAUAUUGAGGAUCUUGUGAUAGACACCCCGUUACUCGAAUACCUAAGUAUCACAUUAUGGGCAAGAUGCCUGCAGGUUUCAAUUAGCGAUUAUCCCAACAUGGUGGAAGCUCAUCUUGAUAUUGAUCAAGACCAAGAGCAGGUUGGUUGGGUGCUUGAGCUUCUCAAGGCACUCCGCCAAACAAAACUGUUGGACUUGAAACUUUCCACUAUGGAGUGCUUGCUUGGUGCUCCUGCUUUUGAGUUGCCAGAAUUUUCCCGUUUACAUAAUCUAGAGCUUCAAAUUCCUUAUUUCGACUCGGGAUUUCUGAUAAAAUUGCUUCAUAACUGCCAUAUGCUUCAAGUUGUCACUCUUCAUAAUCAGGAGAAAGUUUCCACAGUGGAACCUGAGGAACCUAGUUGUUGGACACUGCCAAUGAAGGAUCCUAAUUGUCUCAUAUCACAUCUCAAGAUUUUUGAAUUUAAAGGAUAUAAAGACUCUGCAGAUGAACAUGCAUUUGUUGCAUAUCUUUUAGAGAGAGGACCUAUUUUGAAGACAAUGAAAAUCCAUGCUGAUCCUAGUCUUGGCGUAACAUAUAAACAGCGCAUCCACCAGGAAUUAUCUAUGGUACCAAGGAGCUCCAAAACAUGCCAAUUAAUAGUUACCUGAGUAGCCAACAGUUACUUAUGAAAUGACAUUCAAGAGGCAUGAAUGAUUGUUUAAUCUAACUAUUUCGUGCUGAGAAUAUUGAAGAUCCGGUACACAAGCUUCCUUCCUCUUGUGGUUCGGGAAGGGUAAAUGCAUCAACCUUGCCACUGCAAUCCUCAAAUCACUUUAUGUAUUUAACACUUUUGAGUAGAUGACAGCUUCCUUGCCUUGUAGUAAUGUAUAACUAACUCUUGCUAUAACGGACAAUUUGAAAUAGAUGUAAUGGGAUUAGAGGAAUUCCACCAUAUAUUUUGCUGGACUUGAUAGUUGAUAAAUAAGAAUGAUAUGAUUUUGAGUGUUACAAAUGUUAGAAUAUAAUUAGGAUCAAUUAUAAUUAUUUACUAUAUCUGAAUAUUUAUUAUAGAAUAUUACGUCUUUAUUAUUACGAUUUUCUUAGCCCCUAUAAAUACCAUUUUAUAUUGUAUCAUUCCAGAUAACUUGAAUACACAAUUUGAUUACACUCAAUAAUAUACACAAUUUUUUUUUUCUCAAGCUUAGUCUCUUGUUUCUAACAUGGUAUCAGAGCCAUGGUAUCCUCCUUGAGGAGGAUAGGUUGUUUUUUCUUCGG